GGAAAAGCAAUUUCACACUGCAGAGGUUGUAACCCUUCAGCGGAUCAUUGGAAGCCAGGAGCGCCUACAGCCACACAAACAGGACCUUCUAAGAGGCUUCUCUGCUGCAACUGGAACAGCAACUGCACCCCAGCUACCUCCCUGGAGAGUCAUGGAGCCAGACACGUGAAGCAUUGAGAACACAAAAUGCAAAAAUUAAAGUUACAGACCAGCAAGUGAUGGAGAUUCGAUCCACGGUCAAGGACAACUCAUGAAAAUGUUCAGUAGGGCCACGUGGUCGUGUCCUGAACGGCUCUUCUUGCUCUAUGUCUGCCUUUUGCAGAUAUUGCAAGGUUUGGCGUUACCAAGUGCCCCUGACUAUCUGCAACGGGGCUGGCAAAGACUGUUAGAAGAGGGAGAGAACUGCAAAGACUGUAAUCCCGAUGAGUGUCCCCUUCCCCGAGGAUGCCUUGCCGGACUGGUACGCGAUACUUGUGACUGCUGCUUGGAAUGCGCAAAUUUGGAAGGGCAAAUCUGUGACUUGGACAACACCAAUAAUUUCUAUGGAAAAUGCGGGGACAACUUGGAAUGCCAGCUGGACAUGGGGGACCUCAGGCAUGGAGAAGUCCCCGAACCACAAUGUGUAUGCUUAUCUAACACAGCUGUGUGUGGAUCCGAUGGGAAAACCUAUUCCCAGGUGUGUAAAUUUCAAGAAGCUGCUAACGCCCGGCCGGACACAAACCUUACAGUGCUCCAUGAGGGACCCUGCGAAUCAGCCCCAGAGAUCCUCUCAGCACCCUAUGACAUUUGGAAUAUCACCGGAAACGAUGCCAUCUUUGGUUGUGAAGUCUUUGCCUAUCCCAUGGCAUCUAUUGAAUGGAGAAAGGAGGGUACCGAAAUGCUCCUUCCAGGAGAUGACCCACACAUUUCAGUCCAGUUCAGAGGAGGUCCACAGAAGUACGAGGUGACCGGAUGGCUCCAGAUCCAAUCAGUCCGAGUUACAGAUGAAGGAACGUAUCGGUGCUUCGCCAAGAACAAAAUUGGAGAAGCGAUGGCAGGGGCAACACUCACAGUACUUACCCCAGAUCAGCUCAACGUGACCGGAUUGUCUUUGCCAAAUCCACGGCACCAGUUAUUUGACGACGGUGCAGACAGCGAAGAUUCAGACUAUUAUUGAAGUUCAAUAACAUAAAGGACAACAUUUAAUUGAGUCCAGAUCCUUUCCCUAAACAACACAGCCUUAUGUAGAGCGCAUAUUUAUAAGAAAAAGAAAAUGCUUUGGCUGGAUUCAUACAAAGAGACUUUUCAUUUCAGACAAGGCUUUUCAUCAAGCUUUUGCAAACAGUAUUAUAAUUUUUUAUACUAGAGAACUGAAAAAAAAAACAAGCGAUAAAACAACUAAUAAUUUACAUUUCAUAGCGCAAUGUAAAUACACACAAACACACACAUAUAUAUACAUGUAUACUGUAUAUAUACCUAUAUAGUAUGUUACUUUAUUUUUUUUGGAACAGAAGGCGAUACGCUAUAUACUGUAUAUGUAUAUAGUGUGUGUGUGUAUAUAUAUAUAUA